AUGGCGCUUCAGCUGCCGCCGCAGACUGCGUCGCGCGGGAUGGAAGUCUGGGCCGUGGAGGGCGUCGCGCACUGCAUCCUGCGCUGCCUAGACCUCUCGGCGUUCGACGCCGCUCUACACUUCCUCCAAGCGUCCCCAGAGCUACAGGGAUAUCUACAGGACAGCUCUCUAUGGUCGGAAUUGUCGGUUCUCCACUUCAAGGCCCCCCGCGACCUGGAACUGCGCUUCCUAGCGCUGCCCACUCGCGAUCGAGGCUGGAACUGGACGGACAGACAACGCACUUGUGUGGAGCUGCAGGAGUUCCUGCAGUCCAAGGACGAGCGGACGCAGUUCCAUGAGGCGGUCAAGAUCCUGGAAGGAGACAUCGGAUACAUCCACGACAUCGACGGGCAACCGAUAGACGGCAUUGCAUUCCCGACCAACUCCCACUUAACCAAUCACUAUGUGGGUGCAGCCCAAGCUGUGUUUCGCCGAGCGGGCCAGGGUCUGAACGACCAUGUGAACGAUCCGUCGUUCCGAGGACGACGCCCCACGGGCUCCGCUGUGUCGACGCCGGCAUUUGACGCUGGGGUGAAGAAGCUGAUCCACUGUGUCGGACCGAGGAUCACGAUGCCCAACUGCUUUGAACUGUUGGCGACGACGUACGAGAAUGCCAUGAGUGCGGUGCUGCAUGAGGAGUUGACGUGUGUCACAAUUGCGUCGAUUUCGACGGGGAGUAUGGGCGUGCCCUGUGAUGAAGGAGCUCAGGUGGCUCUACGCACAAUCCAGAAGUUCCUGCGUGCCAAUCAUUGGGAGGGGAAGAUCGGGAUCGUGUGCUAUGAUGAGGCUGUGCUGAAGGCUUUCACGAAGCAGAAGCAGGCGCUCCUUGAGCAGUUCAAUGAGCCGCUGGAAUUACCAUCCGCUGUCCAGGGCAAUUUACCUCGCUGGCCGUUCUAG